GUCAUCAUGGCGCUGAAUGUUAGCUGCUGUUGGAAAUGGCUCCUCUUUUUCCUUCUCGUCUAUGUCAAUGGACGAACAUCAAGGCCAUCGUUCAUGGUGACAUUUCCUGCAGUGAUCGAGUCAGGAUCUGAUGCCAAACUGUGUGCAAGUCUUCUCAAGCCCAAUGAAAGCCUUGUCAUGAACAUUUAUCUGGUUAAUGGUAACCAGAGCACUUUACUGCUGCAGGAGAAAGCUGAGGAAGAGUUUCACCGCUGCUUUAACUUCAAGGCUCCUCUGGUAGAAGCAGAAUCAGUGCAGAAAAUGAAGGUAGAACUUCAAGGAGAGUCUUUCAAGAUGACUGAAGAGAGAAAAGUCAUGUUCAGAUCUUACCAUCCUCUGACCUUUAUCCAGACUGAUAAACCCAUCUAUACUCCAGGACAGACAGUGAAUUUCAGAGUUGUCAGCGUGGAUACAAACUUUGUACCCUUUAAUCAGCAGUAUAGUACAGUCAUGCUUGAGGAUAGUAAAGGUAACAGGAUUGGUCAAUGGACAAAUGUUUCUUCAAAAAGGUGGAUUUUGCAGCGUUCUUUUGAAUUAAACCCAGAAGCCCGUCAAGGCAUGUACAAACUAAAUGCGUUUAUUGGUGAAAGGAUGAUCUCACAUGAUUUUGAGGUGAAAAAAUAUGUUUUGCCUAAGUUUGAAGUUACUGUGACAGCACCAAAGACAGUGUGCAUAGAUGAUAAGUUAAUGGCAGUUGAGGUUUGUGGAAAAUACACUUACGGGCAGCCUGUACCUGACAAAUCAUGGGUGAAAGUGUGUCGUGAUAUUCCACGCUACUCUCACAGGCCUGACAAACACAGUCCAAUAUGUGUGAAUGAAACCAUUGAGAUGAAAAAGACAGGCUGUGCCAUCCAUACCUUGCAUGCAUCUGCCUUCUCAAAUUCAACAUAUGAGGAUCGACUAGAAAAUUCUCUUCAUAUUGAAGCAACAGUCACAGAAGAAGGAACAGAGAUCACCAUGACAAAAUCUGAAACUAUAUCUCUCACUUAUGAAAUUGGAAAAGUCACACUUUCUGACCUGCCCAAAAUAUAUGAACAUGGAUCAGUUAUAGAAGGAAGAGUCAAACUUACAAAAUUCAGCGGAGCUCCUCUUCCAAACAAAGUCACAUAUAUUUUGGAAGAGAACAGCUUGCCCUCAAAACUGCUCCUAAAUCUUACUACAGACAGCGAUGGACUGGCCAGCUUCUUUCUUAAUACGUCUAGUCUCUCUAAAAGUGAUAUUUAUCUGAAGGCAAGUGUGUAUCCAGGGCUUCAUUAUCAAAGUCACAAAACACCUUACAUCUCUAUGGAUAGAAAAACAGUUCAGCUUUUCCAGCCCGCCACUCCAUACACACCAACAUUAAGUGAACUGAUUAUAGAGAAUAUUGAGCAACCAUUAAAGUGUGAUGCUGAGCUGACAGUGACCAUCAAGUAUUAUUUUAUUGGAGAGACUGCUGAAGACUUCAAAACUGACAUUGUCUAUAUGGUCUUGUCCAGAGGAGUGAUCGUUCAUCAUGGAUAUGAGAAGGUUGAAGUGAAGUCUUCUAAUGGAGCAGCAAGUGGCACAGUGUCAUUUAAACUGUCUGUAGGUGCAGAUCUGGCUCCUGCAGUGCAGAUUCUGGCCUACUGUGUUCUGCCCAGUGAAAAUGUUGUUGCUCAUAGCACAAAAUUUGACACUGAAAAAUGUUUCAAAAACAAGAUUUCUCUGCAUUUUUCUCCUGCUAAAGCAGUUCCUGGUGAGAAAAACACUCUCCAGAUCUCAGCUCAGCCUGGUUCACUGUGCGGCCUCAGUGCUGUAGAUCAGAGCGUCCUGAUCCUGGAGUCAGGAAAACGUCUGGAUACUGACAAGAUCUUCAACCUCCUGCCAGUGCAAUCCGUGUCAGAUUAUCCUUAUGGUGUUGAAGACGAGUGUCUGCAUAUGCUGUUUGUGUCGACAGACAACACCUAUGAAUCCUUAAAGAGAUUGGGAUUGAAGAUGGCAUCUAGUUUGGCUGUUGCAUGCGUUUGGAUGACUGAAAUGGCUGAAUAUUUUGGAUACCAGAGACAACUGAACUACAGACAUAACAGUGGUGCAUACAGCACAUUUGGACAUGGAAAAGAGAACACAUGGUUGACUGCCUUUGUCCUGAGGUCUUUUGGCAAAGCACAGAAAUACAUAUUUAUUGAUCCAGAAAUAGUUCAGAGUGCAAAGGAAUGGUUAAUAAGCAGACGGGAUUCAGACGGCUGUUUUAUCCAACAGGGAAGACUGUUCAACAACAGAAUGAAGGGUGGAGUGAAUGAUAAUGUGACCAUGACUGCCUACAUUAUUGCAUCACUGCUUGAACUGGAAACUCCAGUCACAGAUCCUGUCGUCACUAAAGGUUUGUCAUGCUUGAGGUCCGUCAUUGAGGAUGUCAAAAACACUUACACCACUGCUCUGCUCGCCUACACUUUCAGUCUGGCUGGAGACACGGACACUCGACAGAAGCUUUUCAAGAAACUGGAGGAUGUUGCUAUUUCAGAGGGGUCUCGUCUCCACUGGUCUCAGUCUGCAUCUGCUGAUGACUCUGAUUCUCUGGCAGUGGAGAUCAGCUCAUAUGUGCUGCUAGCUGCUCUCACUGCAGAGACACUCACUACAGCUGAUCUGGGCUUUGCUAACAGGAUUGUCAGCUGGCUUGUGAAGCAGCAGAAUGCGUAUGGAGGAUUCUCCUCCACACAGGACACAGUGGUGGCUCUUCAGGCUCUGUCUUUGUACGCCACCAAAGUGUUCAGCUCUGACGGCUCCAGCACAGUGACUGUACAGUCAGCAGGAGACACUCACCACUUUGAUGUCAAUCAGGACAACAAGUUACUGUACCAGGAGAAGCAGCUGCAGAACGUUCCAGCCAAAUACAGCAUUGAAGUGAAGGGCUCAACCUGUGUGUCUGUGCAGGUGGCUCAGGUUUACAACAUUCCCACUCCUACUGAAACUAAAACACUGAGCAUUGAUGCUAAAAUUGAGGGAGAUUGCAAAAUAUAUGGACAACAUUUCAUUUUUACUUUCGCUUUGAAAUAUGAUGGUCUACAGGAAAGAACUAACAUGGUCAUUGCGGAUAUUAAACUCUUAUCUGGAUUCACAGCUGAUACAUCAAUGCUUGGAACAACUUCUGGAACGUAUGCAUCACAUGUGGAGCGGGUCGAUGCUAAAGAUGAUCAUGUCAUUGUGUAUUUGAAGGAGAUCCCAAAAAAUAUUCCAAUGAAUUAUCAGAUACAAAUGAAACAGGUUCUUCCAGUGAAAAAUCUCAGGCCAGCUGUGGUCAAAGUGUAUGAUUACUACCAAACUAGUGAUCAGUCAGAGACCGAAUACUCCUUCCACUGUCAAUGAAACUGCAGAACUGAAGCACAUCAGUUUAUAGUUUAGCUUGGAUGAAGAUGCUUAAACACUCAAAUGUUUAAUAUUAUAAUGCUUAUUCUUUAUCCUGGGCAAAAUUAUUUCCAAUCCAUCAACCCAAAUUUGAGCAAAACCCUAAAUCUGACUUUUUGGAAACGUCUCUUGAAAACACAACACAUAUGGAGUGUUGAAAACAAGUUAUGGUAAACUGGUUGAAAUUGUAUAUGUAGAAGCUACAUGCUAUGGCAGCAUUCAGUGUGGGGAAGGUUACUUUGGAAAUGUAAUGAGUUACAGAUAACAAGUUACCCUAUUUAAAAUGUUAACCUUACAGUUGUACUCAAUAGUAGUCAGUAGUACUCACUGUCAGACUUUCAAAAUCCUUCAUCACUUGAAUUAAGAUUUUAAUACUUUCAUUUUAAAGCACCACCACCACAAAUUCAGACUUUAGCACCUCUUUUUACUUUGAGAUUGUUCUGAGGUUAAAAACAGAUUUAAAAUUGUAACAAGAUACAGUGUAGUAGCUAUGAUAUUGUUUUUGAAAUCAAAUCUUUGCAUAGCUAGCAUUUAUCUAAUCAUUUUAGCAUCUAACUAUGCCUUGGGAAAAAACUAGUCAAUUUAAAAAAUAAAGCAUAUACAUAAACCCAAAUAGGAAAUAAAACAGAUAUCAAGUAAACGUGCCCGGUGUCUCAUAUUUUAGAGCAGUCAAUGCAAUUUUGGAAAGAAAUGAAUCAAAACUGUAUGUGUGUGUGUGUGUGUGUGUGUGUGAAAAUAUUCAGAUGUAACCCCCUUUGUAAUCAUUAACAUUUUCAUAAGUAACUAAUUUAAUUACAGAUUACAGUUACAUUUAUUUUGUAAUUAUGUAAAUUAUGUAAUUCUGUUACAUGUAACUAGUUACUCUCCAACACUGGCAACAUUACAUUUCAGAAUCAGAUGUUUUAUGAUGAUACUGCAAGUAAAAAAUGCUAAGAUGUUUAUUACAGCAUAGCAGUGUCAAAGUACAUGUAGUACAUUGGGUUCAACAGUCAGAAUGAACCCCUAACAUCCUGAACUCAAACCAUUGUUUUAUAAAAUUACAGUUUACUACCCUUAGUGUAAAUGAAGUUGCUUCUGUCGUAACAGCUGCGGUCUGUAUGUUAAAGAAGUUCUGACACCCCAUUAUCUGAGAUGGUUCUUGGUGUCCCACACCUAUUCCCAUUCUACAGCUGGUCACCAUUUGCUCAUUCGCUUGAUGAUGUGAAUUUUUAUCUCGCAAUUUUGGCCUUUUUCUCAGAAUUCUGAGAUAUAAACUUGCAAUUCUGAGAAAAAAAGUCACAAUUGCGAGAUUUAAUUGCGAGUUUAUAUCACACAAUUCUGAAAAACCGUUAGUAUUGCGGGUGAAAAAAGUGAGAAUUAUGAGAUAAAAUUCACAGUUACCUUCAUUUGUUUUUAUUCAUUGGUGGAAACAGACUUCCAUAGAAACUUUACUCAUCCCAUCACUCUCAAGUAAUAAGGAGAAUACUAUUAUUCCUAAAAACCAGAAGAACUCACAAUAAUAUGAGAAGGCUUGUCAAAGCUUGCGCUUUUCCUGAAUUUGUGUAGCAUCUGCCAAUCUGAAUAUAAAUCCCAAUGUUACAAACAAGAUCCUAGACAGAAAACAAAUAAA